AGGAAGCCGGUACGUUCACGUUUGAAUCAGUGUUCGUUCUGCUGCACAGUGACAAUGGCAGGAAGGAGGAGGGCAAAUCGUCCAAGGAAGAAACAUACAAAAAGGCAGAAAAUGCUGAAUUUGAUGGAAAGAAUAAAAAAGAAGGAAAAUAUGUCUGAAGACUUGGAAUCGCCAAUAAAUGUAAGAUGUUCAGAGGCUGACAUAUUUAAUGCAGAAUCUUCCCAGUCAUCUGAUGUGACAACCAGUACUUCAGACAAUAAUAAUAAACAGUUACCUAACAUUGAUAUAAUACCAAACACUGAGAGUGAAGGAAAAGAACAUAUGGAAAAAGUCACACUUACUAACAUGAACCCUUUGGAAAACAGGAAAAAUGAAUUAUCAUCGGUUAAAAGAGCAAACAAACGAAGUAGAACUUGCAGCCUGAAUCGAUCUGGAAAGAAAGAUGUCAAAUGGCCUAAAAGGAAUUCAUCAACCUCCUGCUUGACAUCAUGGCUUAUUGCAGCAGAGGAGAUACUGCUCCCACCUCCAACGACAGAAAAUGUACCAAAAGCUAAAAGAAGUCGUGAUGAAGUGACUGUAUGUUCAGAGGACACUUCUGUUAUAUGUCAACCUGUUAAAAAAGCUAAGAGUGUUGAAAGUUCUACUGAAUCUUUAUGCUCAUCUGCUCAACAGAUAAUGGAAACACCACCUGUGUUAAUGCCUAGCAACAAGCGAACAAGGCACAAUUCAGCCUUGAAUAAUUCCUUUACAAGUGAAAAGUAUUCUGAAACAGAAGAUUCACCUCCAGUACUGAGGCCAAAAAAACGUACAAAGAGCAUAUCAGGAAUAUUGUCUCAAACAGCAAAAGAGUCAUCAGAACUUUUGCCAGAUUGCUUAUUAUCUUCACAGGAAGCAAAUUUGUACAUGACACCAACUAAAUCUGUUACACCUCCUGAAAACAGAGUGACCAUACACAUUCCUGCAACAAGUCCAGAACACUGUCUUGUGACACCUCAGUUACGAUCGAAGGACAAUAACGCAAAUUUAUUUAAGUCAUUUUUAUCUACGGAUGCACAAAACAAGAGCUUACAAAAGAUUACCUGGGGUUUGCAACCGUAUGGGGAAAUUCAUUUUCCUACUACCCUGGGUAACUGGGAGUCUACUGUGCUUGUAACCACAACAGAUCAACUAGACCCAAUGCUUGAUGGAGAUGGCAGCAACUCUAAUGCCGAAACACUCAUCCAGUCUGCACCUUCGUCAGUCAUUUUAUCUGGGAAAGAAGAACUUGUUAACCAAAUCAGCAGCACAGUGAUCAGUAGCAGUUCUUCUUCUCUGCAGGUGAUUGAUCAUCGCAAGGAAUCUUUGGCUUACAUUCAAUCAUCCAUGUGGAGAGUGCUGUCCCUGAGCCUUUUGGGUUCUGAGAAACGUGUUCAAUGGCCAACCUUUGUCUCCCUUUCCAAAUUACUGGAGCUAUGGAUGUCAAUCUGCUCAAAGAUAGUCUGCUGGCUUGAACUGACAAUGAAAUGUAUUAGGAAGGGUUACACAUCAGUGUUAUGUUAUAUGUCAAGAAGAGACCAGUUUGGGAAGGAAUCAUGCUGUACCUGCCAAAUGCACAAUGCAAAACUAGAACAGCGUCUUAGUGCAGUGGAGAAGGAGGUUGUGAAGUUGAAGGAACUUUUAUCUACUAAAAUUAUUAUUGACAAAUCCAAUGCUGAAUUACUGACAUUAAAGAACACAUCAAUAUUACCACCUCCAUGUUAUUUUCCACCACCACCACCGCCGCCACCACCACCACCACCGCCACUGCCACCUGUUCCUGGUCAGGGAAUGGCCACAUUGAAAACUAUAAAAAAGGCAGGAACAUCACUGUCCACCAAACAGAUGUCACGUUUGGCCAUUACUGUAGAAGACAUACGCAAAGUUCAACUCAAGAAAACACCAUCUGCUGUACGUGGAGAAUGUCGUACUCCAGCUGUAACUUUCAGAGGGCCUGUGGUAUCACUGGAAAUGCUACGUUCCGUUAAACUUCGCUCCAGUCAGUCAAGAUGCAUAAGUAACGAAAGGAAUAAAAAUAAAGGAACAGCCAAGUUUCCCUUCAGUUCACCUAGACAUGUGGAGACAUUCUCUCGUGUCCUGCAGAAUGGAGACACCAAUGUGAAAAUGUAACACUGUACUCUAAAGGAAAGUGGGUCUCGUCCAAGUGAUAAGAUGGCAGCAUCAACUCCUUAAUCACAGAAUCAUUUCACAAUAAUGUGACUGCAACCAUUCCAUGCCAUAAAAAGUGACAAAGUUUACAGCUGCAAGUAAUGAAGCACAAAAUAUCUCAGCUGAUUUUGACCAGAUAUGUAAGGAUAUAAGAAUACCUCUUGGGUGCAAUUUGUUUUUUAUGACUUUACUUGAAGAAAAUUUCUGAGCUGAUAUGUGAAAUUUGUUUGUAUGAAGCAAUAUAUUGUCUUUUCUUAUUAGGGGAGUGGUUUUUAACUUAGAGAUAGGAAUGAGUUUUUUGAUUUGUGUUAGCAGAAUUAUCAUUUUCAAAAACUGACAAUGAUAAUAUUUAAUACUUUUUUUCAUGUCAACUUAGCUUUCAUAACCAUCAUUAAGAAUUAAAAUGUAAUAUUACAAAACAUCUAAAAUAAAGCCAUGAAUGCUUCAAGUCAGGGCAGUUGCUUAGCACUCUAUGUAGAAUGACUUUUACUAAAUAAGUAAUCUGUACAGAAUGCUAUAAGCACAAUAAAUGUUUGGAAGUGACAUGAAAUGAGUUUUAUGGUCAUUUAUGAUGAGGCAUUCAUGAUGGUUUCAUAAGACUUUCUUACUCAGCAGUUUGCAUAAUUGCAUUAUAUUAUUCUAAACUCUAAUGUUGGAUGCUGCAAGACUGACAAACAGUUGUUCCAGUAUUUCAUUACUGUUAUUUCUGAAGGGAGGGGGGUACAUUUCUUUCAUUCUUCAUUCUGAUGCCCUUAGUCUGUUAAUACAUUUAAUUUUUAGUAUAUGUUCAUUACAAUACAAGAAUUAUGCAACCUGCCUGUUGUAUGAAUGUCUAAUGGAUACAUAAGCUACUUGAGAAAACAUUACUAUCCAUGGUUUAUGCUAACCGUCUUACAGUGUAUACAGUUUUUCACCUUAUUCUUCACUUCCACACUACAUGUUU